AUGUUUGAACCCGCGCCGGCCUGGCUGACUUCUUGUCCUGGGGUCUUCUUAGUCUCGUGGCUUCUUCACGUUUCGUCCACUCUUUCUUUCGCCUGUUCGUGGGACUGGUUGCUGGACAAGUUCCGACCAAAGGGGGUAAACUCUCUCUCUCUUGCCCCCCAAUCUUUCCCAUCCCAGCUAAGCCAGCUAGUAUCCCGUACCUCUGGACUCUAG